AUGGGUCUGUCCGAGGGUUGGCCGAGCGAGGCGGAGCGGCUGGCGGCGCGGCUGCAGCGCUGGGCUGCGGCCUGCUCCGGCUACCGCAAGCUGCGCUCGUGCCGCAUCUCGCGCGGCCGCCAGACCAUGGCGCAGGGCGCCGACAGCGACGAGGACGCCGCCGUCUCCGUGGGCGUGGGGGCGGGCGCGGGGGCGGGGGCGGGGGCGGCCACAGAGGCCACAGCCGCCGCCUCCCGCGGCCUGCAGGCCGCGCGCCCGCCCAGGAGGUCGCGGCCCGUCGGCAUCAAGAUGUUCCUCACGGCGGACGAGCAGGCCGCCAUCGCGGACGCCAAGAGCGCCCGUCCCAAGCACACCGUGGCCCACGUCACAGGGAACUCGUCGGGCGCUGCGGCCGGCGUGGUGCUGCUGGCGGAACAGCGGGUCGAGACUAGGGAGGCGUGCAGCAGGGCGCCGAACCGCGUGCUGCUGAUCCAGCGGCCUGCCGCGGGCCAGGAGGCGGCCGCGGGGGGCGGCGGCAGGGGCCCGCGGGCGCCGUGCCCGAGCAUCGCCCGGCCGCGGCCCGCGUGCCCACGCAGGCCGCCCCACCACACGGAGCCACUGCUGCCGCCCUCCGGCCUGCCUCGCGAGCCGCCCCCGCAGCCGGCAGGGGAACCCCCGGCGGGCGGGCAGACCGCGGCGGCGCCCGCGCGCAGCGCCAGCCUGGAGGAGAGCGCGCCCGCCGGGGGCGGACACAGCUGCGGCGUCGGGCCGGCCCCUCCCACUCUACAGGUGGAGGACGCGGAAGAGUGGUGCGGCGUCGCUCCGUCCAGGGAGAGCUCCGGCAGCGAGGCAGAGGAGGAGGAGCCUGUGGCCGCCGGCAAGAGGCACGGCGGCAGGAUCGAGGUGUCGCUGUACUCCGGCGGCAGCCAGCGCGAGGACAUCCUCAGCGUGUCGGUGGAGGCGGAGGCGGAGCAGCCGGCCAUGGUGCGCGGCUGCGGGCUCCGCAAGUCGGCGCCGCCCGCCUCCGUCCGCAGGCCGCCGCCCCCUGCAGACAGGCCGACGGCCGGGGACCCCGUGGUCGGCCGCGAGCUGGGGGCGGGCGGGCGGCUGUUGACGCGCGUGGACCCGCGCGGCCGCCGCGAGCUGUGGUGGGUGUCGGCGGCGCCGCCGGCCUCCCCGGCGCCGAAGCGCGCCGCGUCCCCCACUGCCGCGCGCGGCGGGCUCAGCGGCGAGCUGCGCGGCCUGCUAAGCUUCCGGCGCGCGCGCCGCCUCGCGCAGCAGCAGCAGCAGCAGCUGGCGCGCCGGCGCGUCGUGGCCGCAGCAGACGCGCGCGACCGCCGCCAGUGGCCCGCCGUGCUGCUCACGUUCGAGCGCGGCGUCUCGCCGGAGCCCGGCUGCGGCCCGCCGUCGCCGUCGCCGCACGCGCUGCUCGCCGCCAGGAAGGCGCGCCUCGAGGUCGCCGCCGUCUGA